AUGCGGUUAGUCCGCGGCCACAUGGCCCCAACUCUUAUCGAAACGGUCAAUAUAAAUUUGGAGGAUUUUUCCGAAAAUUUUUUGACUUGCGCAACGUGCUUGUGUAGCUAUGAUCAAGAACGAAAGAAAGCAAAACUCUUAGCAUGUUCUCAUUCUGUAUGUUUGGAGUGUUUGCAACAUAUGGAACAACUUCCACAGGUGGUUGAAACAGGGGUCUUACGUUGUCCGCUGUGUCGUGAAAUGAUUAAUUUGCCGUCUGGUGGAUCGAAUGCUUUCCCAUCUUCAUUUCUUAUUAAUCAGUUGCUUGAUUUGAUGCAAAAGCAACGCAAAGAUGUUGUGCCUAAUUGUUCAACGCAUCAACAAGAGCAGUUACUUUAUUGUGAAGUCUGUGAUCUCGUAUUCUGUCAGCUAUGUGAUUCUCCUUCCACACGUGACUGCUCUAUUCAUACUGUUAUUCCAUUUUCUAUUGCAUUGAAGCGUUUAUCUGAGAUAGUUCUUUAUAAAGCAAAUCAUUGCAUCGCUAGCUUAAAUACGGCCGCAGCUAAUGUCAAGUGCGAAGCUUUGCAACUCGACCAAAAUGUUGAUAGCAUAGUCGAUGGACUAAAUUCAUCGUUCCAAGAAGUAUGUCAGUUGAUAGAAAAUCGACGUCGCGGGCUAAUCGACGCUGUUCGAGUUAUGAGAGAUGAAAAGCAAAAAGUAUUGCGAGAACAAACAGAAUUGAUUGACUUACAUCGUAAAAAAUUAGAAAGAGAGCUAGAAAACUGUCAGUUGGACGUGCGUGAAAUAGGAGGACGUACGAAGCGUGUUAUGGCAGCAACUGAAGAAGCUCUUGCAUUGACAGAACCUCGUGAAAACGCUUUCUUAAAGCUACAUAUGGAUACUAAGAAACUAUUCAUCGAAAUGGAAAAGUCACUCAGCCAGUUUGGUUCAGUGUCGGGUUCAACAACCUUUCCAGGACAAUGUAUUGUGGAGCUCUUGAAUACUGCUAGUGUAUACACGGAAACUCGUUUGAUGUUGACUACUUACGAUGUUAAUGGUAAACGACGAAAUAGUGGUGGUGAUCCUGUAAAGGUGGAAAUUUUCAAGAAAGAAUCAGGACAACACAUGUUAGAAGAAAAUACCGAUACUGUAAAAGCUAAAACAAUUGGUGCAGUAAUCAGAGAUGAUGAAGAUGGAACAUAUUCCAUUUGCUUCAAAGCAUACGAAUCCUGUGAAUAUUUGGUGCAUGUUACUAUCUUCGGUAGACCAAUUAAGAAUAAUCAUUUUUUGGUCAAUGUAAGUAGCCAUCAUUGCCCUCUAUGGCAUUUCGGCACUCAUGGAUCAGGUGCAUUACAACUAGAUCAACCUGUAAAAAUAUGUCAAGAUGGACGAGAACAUAUUUAUAUCCUAGACACUGGAAAUAAUCGAAUUAAAGUUCUGGAUGUGGAUGGUGAAUAUCUGAAAGAUAUUAAGAGUGAAGGAAUUAAAGGUGGCAGCACUGUUGGUAUGACACUUUUAUCAUCUGGUGAUAUUUUGACUCUUAAUUGGAGGAGCAAAGAAUUAUACAAAUGCAAUGCUUCUGGAGACCUUGUCCAGACGAUGAGUUUCACUGAGUUUGAAGAACCUGUUGAUGUGUGUGUCGAUAGUCGUGGACGGUAUCUCAUUGCUGACACAGCGUGUGCCAAGGUAUUUGUGUUUGACAGUGCAUUUCGUCCUCUAUUUAGCUUUAGUGUGACUGCUCAUGCAAAAUUAAGUCCCAUAACUUGUGUGGGUGUUGGUCUCCACGACGACAUUCUUGUGGGCACGUGUUCUGCUUUGCUUCUGUAUGAUGGAGGAGGUCGAUUCGUACGUGAAAUAUCGUUGUGUCCAACAUUGCAGUCUGGUCGUAUGAUGGCUUUAGCAUGUUCUGUAUGCCCCAAAACAGGGAGCAUUGUGUCAGCUGUUGUAGAUUCAAAGAAAAAUCGUGCCUACCUUGUUGUUUGUCAAUAUAAGGGCAAUUUCUUGUUUGCAAUGGAUAGCUAUGGAUCACGUUUAAAACGUCCUUGUGGCGUCUGCAUUGCCUCAUCACCAAAAUGGAGCGGAAUGUGUUUUGUAGUUGAUUCAGCUACCCAUUCUGUCAAGGCUUUUCAGUUUAAAUAA